GAUCAGAAGAGACCACAUGCCGGGUUCUCUACGAGCCCAAUUUAGCGAACUGCCAUUCUCUGCACUCUGAGUCUGUCGCCCAUGUGUUAUGCCUAUGGAUCCCUCGACCAGGCCAUUAGCACCUGUCCAAUGUGCAAGGUCUUUCCCCAUCCUACUAGGUGUCCUCAUGUCCGUGAGGUCUGUCGUAAUCGUGCCUCUCAUCCUCGUUUUGAUGUCUACUUCCUAAAGAAUGCUGAAGUCGACUCUUUUAACGGUUGUGGCUACUGCAAAUGGGCUCGCACCAAUCCCCCUCAAAAAGCAGCAGGCUAUCUCAAUCCCGGGUGGCCCGGCUGCUGUCGGCCCCCCGCCGCUUCAGAGCAGCGCAUGAUCCAAGCUGCAGACUGGCGAUCUGUCAGCAUCGUCCAUCAUAUUCCUAUUCCUCCCGAUAUCAAGGCUGCUCUCGACGGCCUCGCAGCUCCUCGUCCAGGCGGCAGUCCAGCAGCCCCGCCCAGAGGUCCUCCAGGAACAAAACCCCAAGGCCCAGAAAGAAAGAAUAGCAACGGCAGCAGCAACGGGAGCCCACCUUCUAAAACUACAGCUAUGCCUCCAAAGUCCCCGGCCAUUUCCAUUCCCCCAAAGUCGCGAGGCAGCCCAAAGCAGGGAACUGCUUCUCUAUCAAACAGCCUUUCGCGCAGCACGGGUGCUAAUCUCCUGCCGUCACCCCCAACGGAACGUCGCCAGUCUAUUAACGACGGCCCGGACAAGCCUGCAACUCCUCCAUCUAAUAAUUCUUCUCCCGGUCGCAAAGUCAUUGAUCUCGAUGGGUCAACAACUCCGCGUCGCAAUUCUAUCGCGACCCGUCCACCCAUACCAGCUGCAGCCAAGAGCAAUAGCGCGAAUCGCUCCCCUCCCAAUCAAUCACUAGAACGGCGUCGAACACUAGUUCCGCCGCCUACCAUCCCUCCUUCCAAGCCUUCGCUGUCACGGCCUGCUGAUCCAUCCCCUUCGCCGUCAAUUUCACUCCCACGCCCCGCUGGGUCCAUGAGUGAUAGUACCGUAACUUCGGACGGCGGCUUCACCGACUAUCUUUCUGAUGAAUCCGAAGCCGAAUUGCAGAGACAGGCAGAAGCUCGGGCAGCGCUUGUUGCACAGAACCAAGCAGAAGAGCUAGAAUUCAAAGCUGCCCGGUUACAGCUGACUCAUGUCGAUCUACGUCCGCCCAGAUCUUGGGAUGCAACAAAUACCGUCGGAAGUGGUCCGCGUUUAGCUUCACGUUCGACCGUGUCGGUUGCUACGAGUGGUGGGAGUAAUCGAAGUUGAUGAAUUGGUUCAAAAGAGCAGAACCUGGGACAAUAUUUGGGAGCAACCAUCUAUGUAUCUUUCUUUUCUUUUCUGGUUCUAUGCGUCAAUGUAGUUACAUCAAAGUUACAUGCCAAUUAACAUCGUAUCUGUGCCU